AUGGGUGACGAACAAGUAUGUAUGGUACGAAAACCUGGAACCACUACUACCAUGAAGAGUAUGAUUUUUUAUGGAGAGAGUAAUAUGAAAUUCCUAGAGACAAUUGGAUGGGGCCCUGAUGAUGGCAAGCAGGUGCUUCUAGAUGAAGCUAGCAACGUUUUACGCAGCAAACUACCCCUUAAAUAUCUGAUGGGGUUUGCCGAAGAUUAUUCUAAAGGUAUUUUGAAUAUCAAACAGGAGAUUAUACUCAUCAUAGAUUGCUUAUUCAAGAACUCAUAUAUUGGGAAAGCGGACGCCGAUGUGGAGAUUAACAAAAUUAAGUGGAAGAUAAGACAUGUGAGAUAA